CCCCUUUCUGCGGUCGCUCACAUUUCUCACCGGACCCUUCUGGCUGCGCACCGCAUGGGCUGUACCACUACUCCUCAGAGCCCCAGGCGGACGGGCCCAUUGUCCCGGUGACUCCUCGGGAAGCGCUGACCCCACGUGGCCGGGGACACGUCCGUGAGGGUGGAAAGGCGCUGGCGCCUCCGAGGCUCCGCCCCCUCUCGAGCCCCCCCAUUUUCUUCCCGCUUGGACUCUUCCUCUCGUGACCACUUCCGCCGGCGGCCGCGCAGGCGCAGAAGAGUCUCCGGAGUGGAGCGGCGCGGUGCCGGUGGAACCGAGUUCUGUGGGCGGCCCGUGGGGCGGACAUGGGGCGGAAGCGGGUGCCGGGCGGCGGCGGCGGCCUGGGUCGGGCCCUCAUCAAGGAGCGUAACCUGCAGAACAGGGGCCAGCGGCGGCGAGACACGUGGCUGCACACGAAGGAGCUGGAUGAUGGUGGCGCCUGGGGCCGCGUGGACCCGCGCUCCGUGACCGAGCCCACGGCCCUCGAGGAGUUCCUGGCCACGGCCGAGCUGGCGGGCACCGAGUUCGUGGCGGAGAAGCUGAACAUCCGGUUCGUCCCCCCCGAGGCCAGGACGGGCCUGUUGUCCCCCGAGGAGAAGCUGCGGCUCCGGGAGCGCCAGGAGGAGAACCGGGGGGCCCUGCGCAUCCCCCGCAGACCCCCGUGGGACAAGGGCACUAGCGCCGAGGUGCUCCAGCAGGCCGAGAUAGAGAACUUCCUGGAGUGGAGACGCCAGCUGGCGCGGCUGGAAGAGGAGCAGAACCUGACUUUGACGCCGUUUGAAAGAAACUUGGACUUCUGGCGGCAGCUCUGGAGAGUCAUCGAGAGAAGUGAUGUCGUCGUGCAGAUAGUAGACGCCCGCAAUCCCCUCCUCUUUCGAUGUGAGGACUUGGAACGUUAUGUGAAAGAAAUCAGCAGAGAUAAGGAAAAUGUGAUUUUGAUCAACAAGGCAGACCUGUUGACUGAGGAGCAGCGAGGAGCCUGGGCCAGAUUCUUUGAGCAAGAAAACGUGAAAGUGAUUUUCUGGUCCGCUGUGGCAGAAGGCGACCAGCUGAGCACAAAAUGGAAGGAGCAAGAAGCUGAGAGUUCAGAGGAGUCCGAAGAGUGGGAAGAUGAAGUAGAAGAUGAGCAGAGUGGUGUCGGUGGCCCGGAGGCCCAAGGGGGUGGUGAGUGGCCCCCCAGCGAGGACGGCGACAGUGAGUAUGAGGAUUGUCUGGACGACGAUGACCAGUGGCAGACAUGCUCUGAGGAUGACGGAGACAGCCACGAAGCAGAGUCCUGCUGCCGGGAGAAUGAGGCUGGGGGCAGCCUGGAGCAGGAGCCACUGCGCCCAGCCAGGGAUGCCCGAGUGCAGAACAACAGCCACCUGGUAGAAAAGGAGGAGCUGCUGGACCUCUUCAGAACGAUGCAUUCUGGGAAGAAGGUCAAGGAGGGGCAGCUCACCGUGGGGCUGGUUGGCUACCCCAACGUCGGAAAGAGCUCGACGAUCAACACCAUCUUUGGGAACAAGAAGGUGUCUGUGUCGGCCACACCCGGGCACACCAAACACUUCCAGACCCUCUAUGUGGAGCCCGGCCUGUGUCUGUGCGACUGUCCUGGCCUGGUGAUGCCAUCCUUUGCGUCUACCAAGGCUGAGAUGAUCUGCUGUGGGAUUCUGCCCAUCGACCAGAUGAGAGACCACGUGCCCCCCAUUUCUUUCAUUUGCCAGAACAUUCCAAGACAUGUCCUAGAAGCCACCUAUGGGAUUCACAUCAUGCAGCCCCGAGAAGAUGAAGACCCCAAUCGACAGCCCACCUCAGAAGAGCUGCUGGCGGCUUAUGGGAGCAUGAGAGGGUUUAUGACUGCCCACGGACAGCCUGACCAGCCCCGAGCUGCCCGAUACAUCCUGAAGGACUACGUCAGGGGUAAGCUGCUGUACUGCCACCCUCCUCCCGGCAUCGAGGCUGGGGACUUUCAGCCUCAGCAUGAGAAACUGAGGCACGGUGGAGGGAGGCCGGAGGCACAGCCACCACGGCAGAGCUGCCACAAGGCUAAGCAGAUUGAGAAUGUGGUUGACCGAGCGUUCUUUCACCAGGAGAACGUGAGGGCACUGACCAGGGGCGUGCAGGCCGUGAUGGGCCACAGGCCAGGCGGGGCCCCAGGACCUCCCACUGCCGGCCACCGGAGUCCUGGGAAGCCCUGGAAGAAACACGGCAACCGGAACAAAAAGGAGAAGGUCCGCAGGGUCACCAGGCACUUGGAUGCGUGACCUUGAGCCUGACCCGGCCGCCAGAAAGAGCAACGGACCAAGGCCAUCCCCGUGCUCUCCCUCCUGGCCCGUGAGGCGAGGGGGCGCUGACUUCUG